AGGAAGUGUUGGUUGCUGGCUGUAGAUGCAGGGCACAGUACUGUACAGUUAGUGCGUUUUCCGGGUCUAACUGGAUGCGAAGUUUCCUGUGUGUGUCGCUCAGACACGCAGCAGCGUUUGCCAUGGACUGACACGAAUCCAACCCGUCAACUCCGCUAAGCCUUCACUCUGGCCGAACUGUAGAUGUUUACUUAAAAAACUUUGAAAAUUAAAAUGGCAAACAACCUCGCCGCUAAAAGCCUGGACCAAAUAGACCUAUCUUGUUUUAGGGAUCCCUCUGGAAUAUUUGAGCUGGUCGAAGUGGUUGGAAAUGGAACAUACGGUCAAGUCUAUAAGGGGCGACAUGUCAAGACCGGACAGCUGGCUGCCAUCAAGGUCAUGGACGUUACAGAGGACGAGGAGGAGGAAAUUAAACUAGAAAUCAACAUGCUAAAGAAGUACUCCCAUCACAGAAACAUCGCCACGUAUUACGGUGCAUUCAUCAAGAAGAGUGCCAUGGGUCAGGAUGAUCAUCUCUGGCUGGUAAUGGAAUACUGUGGCGCUGGCUCGGUCACGGAUUUGGUUAAGAAAACGAAAGGGAACUGCCUGAAAGAGGACUGGAUAGCCUAUAUCUGCCGUGAGGUCAUGAAGGGCUUGUCGCAUCUCCAUUCCCACCAUGUGAUCCAUCGAGAUAUCAAGGGGCAGAACGUGCUGCUCACUGAGAACGCAGAGGUGAAACUGGUUGACUUUGGUGUCAGCGCCCAGCUGGACCGCACCAUAGGCCGGAGGAACACGUUCAUCGGGACGCCCUAUUGGAUGGCCCCCGAGGUCAUCGCCUGUGACGAGAAUCCAGACUCCACUUACGAUUACAGGAGUGAUCUGUGGUCCUUGGGAAUCACUGCCCUGGAAAUGGCAGAAGGAGCCCCUCCUCUAUGUGACAUGCACCCCAUGAGAGCCCUUUUCCUAAUUCCAAGGAACCCGCCCCCUAAAUUGAAAUCAAGGAAAUGGUCAAAGAAGUUUGUGAACUUCAUGGAGAGCUGCCUGGUGAAGAGUUACCAGCAGCGGCCCAGCACAGACACCCUGCUGAGACACCCCUUCAUAAGGGACAUGGGGAACGAGAAACAGCUCCGCACCCUGCUCAAGGACCACUUAGACAGGACCAGGAAGAAGAGGGGGGACAGAGAGGAAACAGAGUAUGAGUACAGCGGGAGUGAAGAGGAAGACGAGGAAAUGAAUGAAGACGAAGGAGAGCCAAGCUCCAUUGUGAACCUGCCCGGGGAGUCCACGCUGCGGAGGGAGUUCCUGCGGCUCCAGCAGGAGAAUAAGAACCGCUCUGAGUCCCAGCGGCAGCAGCAGGUCCUGCAGCAGCAGCUCAAGGACCAGGAGAAGUACAAGAAGCUGCUGCUGGCCGAGCGGCAGAAGAGGAUCGAGCAGCAAAAGGAGCAGAGGAAGAGGCUGGAAGACCAACAGAGGAGAGCGCAGAAGGAGGUGGGGUCCCAGUGGCCAGAGGUGCAGGAGAUGCUGUGGAGAGAAGAGCCCAUUGGAGACGAGAAGAGCUUCUUGGAGGAGGAGAGGCGGAGAUUCGUUGAGGGACAGAAGAGGAGCGACAAGAAACAGCUUGAAGAGUUUGGCUGGCAGGGGGUGGAGGCGGGUCGAGCUGUUGCCAUUCAAACAGCCCAGAAAAAGUCAGAGGAUACACAGCUGCACCAGCAGCACAGUAAAAGGUUUCACCGCACCCUGCCCAAAGACCAGACUCCUCUGCUGUUACUCCAGCAUGAUCACAGGCAGAGAGACAAGGAGUCCCACAGGACAGCCAGCUCUGCUCCCGACAGUUCAGCAAGCAGCCAGCACAAAGUGAUUGAUGAGAGGAUUAAAGCAUCCGACAGUCGCCAUUUGAACCUGAACCACAUCGCUGCCGGACCGGCUGUGCAUUUCCACUCCAGACUGGCUUCCGGGAGCAGCUCCAGCCCCUGCACUCCAGCCCUGUCGCGGGCCACUGCACCACAGAAUGCAAACCUCCUAUCCAGCAGGGAGAGUGGGCAAAGUAGCUCCCUGUCAGAUGUGGUGAUGAGCCCCGCUUCUCCGGUGCAGGACGAUGUCUUCUGGGAUGGUCCACACAUACAGGAGCUGCCUCCCAAGGUCCCUGAACGGACAACCUCAAAGUUUAGCUGUAAAAAGCUCUCCAAUCAUCAGAGAACCCCUUCCAGUUGUUUUCAGCAGAGGGGGAGCAAGUCCGAGCUGCAGAGUAGUGGCAGCUCCACGAGCAGCACGCAUUCAGGUUCUUCAAAGGCAGCGAGCCCUCUACCUCAGAGCCGUGCUCAGCAGUACAGAAAGCCCCACAAUGGGCGUCCAGGAUCACCGGGACUGGUACUGCCUGCUGAGGGGAAGCAGGGAGCCAGCCCCUUCUUGAAGGUGACAGACUACUCAUCAUCCAGCGAUGAAGUGGGGAGCAGCGAGGAUGACGACCAGAGCCAAAGGAGAACGACAUGGAGUAACGCAGUUCCCAGAGCGCCCCCUGAAGGAGUGAUGCUGCAACCGCAUUGCACAUUAAAUCAACAGCAGCAGAAUGUAGCUGACCUAAAGCGUGUCUGCUCCCAGGGGCCGCUAGGUUUAUGCAAUCAGAAUUACGUUCUGCCUGAUCUCCUGCAGAGCUACCCCUCAGAGGCCCCGGGCACAACCCAGAGACACACGCAGGGCCCCCAGCCUCCUCAGAGCACAGCCACGAGCAGCCACAGCCCAGUCGGCUCCGCCCCCCAGGGGAAGAUCAGCUCCUCUUCCUCCUCCUCCUUCACCUCUAUCAUGGACCCGCGGCUGCUGCAGGUGUCUCCUCCACAGAGUCCAGUGGGGCACAGUCCCAGUGUGGAGCCCUUCCGAAGACAGAACGCGAGGAAGGGGUCUGUUGUCAACGUGAAUCCGACCAACAUCCGUCCGCAGAGCGACACCCCUGAGAUUCGCAAGUACAAGAAGAAAUUCAACACGGAGGUCCUUUGUGCAGCUCUGUGGGGGGUGAACCUGCUGGUGGGCACGGAGAGCGGGCUGUGGCUGCUGGACCGCAGCGGGCAGGGGAAGGUCUACCCGCUUAUCAGCAGGAGGCGCUUCCAGCAGAUGGAUGUCCUGGAGGGGCUGAACGUGCUCAUCACUAUAUCAGGCAAGAAGAAUAAGCUGCGGCUGUACUUUCUGUCAUGGCUCCGAAACAAGAUCCUGCACAAUGACCCAGAGGUGCGGAAGAGGGAGGGCUGGAUCUCAGUGGGGGAACUGGAAGGCUGUGUGCAUUACAAAGUGGUGAAGUAUGAACGAAUUAAAUUCCUGGUUAUCGCCCUGAAAAACUCUGUGGAGGUCUACGCCUGGGCUCCUAAACCCUACCACAAGUUUAUGGCUUUUAAGUCCUUUGCAUCACUUCCUCACAAGCCAUACUCAGUUGACCUGACUGUGGAAAAGGGGCAAAGGUUGAAGGUGAUUUACGGCUCUCUGGCUGGGUUUCACGCCAUUGAUGUGGAUUCGGGGACGGUGUACGACCUCUACCUGCCAACGCACAUCCAGGGAACCAUUCGCCCCCAAGCCAUCAUUAUUUUGCCCGGCAGCGGAGGCAUGGAGGUGCUGGUGUGCUAUGAGGAUGAGGGGGUCUACAUUGACACGUACGGGCGCAUCACUAAAGAAACUGUGCUGCAGUGGGGAGAGAUGCCCGCCUCUGUUGCUUACCUCCAGUCCAAUCAAGUGAUGGGCUGGGGGGACAAAGCCAUCGAACUGAGGUCUGUGGAGAACAGCAACCUGGAGGGAGUGUUCCUGCACAAGAAAGCACAGAAGCUGAAAUUCCUGUGUGAGAGAAAUGACAAGGUGUUCUUUGCUUCUGUCCAGUCUGGAGGAAGCAGCCAGAUUUACUUCAUGACGCUGGGACAGAACCCCCUGAUGAACUGCUGAUUCGGGAUGAGCGCAGAGCUUUUGGGAUCAGAGACGACGGAAAUCUGGGUCUCUCCGCUACAGAUCCAGGCACCCACACACCUCGCCAAUGAGAACCAGCUCACCUCGAGGAAGCAGUGAAGUGGAGACAAGAAAAUAGAAUAUAUUCUUGUUACAAAUAAGCACCAUUAUUAUUAAGCUUACGCAGCAAAGCUAAAAAAAAAAAAAAAAAAUCAAGAGGUCUUGCUGAACACUUUUUUAAGGGGUGCAUUCUCAAGAGUUGAAUCUUCUUUCUUUUCCCUUCAAGUUUCAGAGUAUGGCGUCGGUAGAUUUCAACACUGUGCAAUAAAACUAUAUUCAGCAUUAAGAAUACACACUAGCAGACUAGCAAAUUCUAGAUGAUAGAUGACCAUUGAGUAUUAAAAAAAAACAAAGCAUUACAACUGACUACGUGAAAGCGCUCACUGUUAGUACAAAUCACAUUGAGAAUGAGGCACUUGUUUUAGCAGAACAUGUAUAUCUCAUGCUGCACACGCAGUUCUGUGGACCUCUGUAUUGCACUGUUUUUACUCAACCCGACGUUCCAGCUAGUAUUCCACCAGUAGCCUUGUGUUUUCUGAUAUUUUUAUGUCGUUUUGCACUGUUACAAUUUACUGUAUAAUGUGUGUGUGUGAAAUGUUUUAUAGUAGCAGUGAUCAGCUGUGCUGAUGAAUGCAGAGGUUAAGUCUCAAAGCUUUUUACUAUGAAUCUGCACUUUUUUUUCAGAAAGGAAAAAAAAAACUCAAUAAUGUUAAGAACCCAGAAAUAAAAAACUCCCACAUAUUA